AGCUCUCUCCCACUCCGACUCCUCUUUCCACGUGCAACCACACUCUUUCUUCUAUAUCCCGUCGUUCCGCGCCGUGUGUAUGUGUGUGUGUAUGUGUACAUACAUCCAUGUGUGCAUACGUAUGUUAUUUAUAUCCGUGAGUAUGUGUAUGUCGACUACAACCGAUGCCUACAACACUCGAUCACACUCACCACCACCACCGACAACCGACUGCACACACAGCAGAGCGAGUCGUUGCCAUUCACAGUCAGACUUGACAGCUAGCUGGUUGCGCCAGGGUCAGUCUUGUGUGCUUUCAACCACAUCGUCAUCACAGUACUAACGCAACUGUAUAGUCAAUAGCCCUUAAUAUCCACCUCCCUAAUACUGCACCACAACCGGCACAUUUACAAGGGUGAGGAAACGACGAAAGGCUACCCCAGUGGUUUUCUUUCAAUAUCGGUAAUUAUCUUUAAAUCAACACCUAGCAAUCGUAUUUUGCGACGAUCGUUUCCACACCUGAUACUUGCAUACACAUGUGACAAACACAGAAAUAUUAAAAUAUAUACGAUUAAUUACAGGUGUAGAGUUGCACCGAUCGAUAUAAAUAUAUAUUCGUCCACCCUUACGGCCUUUGGUGAUCUUUAAGUGUGAUGUUUUGGGGAUUGACUUAGAUGUUGUUACUGCAGAUGUUUGUGUCACAGUAGCUUCUGUUAUUGCAACAGUUACUAGUAACUGAAGUUGCUGUCGUCUGUCUUGUUAGCCCUGUUAUAAAAUUGCAAUUUGUCGACGGUGUUGUGACCUGCCAUUCUUCAAGGUGUGGCACCGACUCGAAACUAUAACCAGCUGAGUGUUUGUACCCGCCACAGAACCAACCAUACCAUACCAUACAACAGUGAUGUCGGUUGUUCUUACUGCUUUCCGCAAUUCCAAGACUGCCAAAGCCAAGAAAGAACAACUGAAAAAGAAAAAGACGAAAGAUCGAUAUGUUGUUCAAAGGCAACAAGAGAGACAACUGAGAUUUUACGAAGAUCAAAACAGAUCUCUUGAAAGUGAACAACCGAGAUCUGUUGAAAUUGAACAAUUGAGAUCUAUCGAAAGCGAACAAUUGAGAUCUGUUGAAAGUGAACAAGAGAGAUCUGCUGAAAGUGAACAAGUGAGAUCUGUUGAAAGCGAACAAUUGAGAUCUGAUGAAAGCCAAGAAGAGAGAUCUGUUGAAAUUGAACAAUUGAGCAAAAAAUCUUCUUCGUUGCUCAUCGAAGGGGAUCAGUAUAUCCCUGAACAGCGAUCCUGGGUCAGGUUAUGGACUGUUAAUUUAGAUAACAUUUUUUAUUAUAUCAAAUACCAUUAUGGCACUGGCUCAGUAAAUUGUAAUGGAGAUUUCCUUAAAACAAUUAGUGGCUUCAGCAAGGAAGGACCUCAGACCAUCUUUCUCAUAGGCAGCCACGAGGCCUGCAUACAGACAGUAACCAAUGGUGUCAACAAGUAUGGCUGUUUUCACACUCUCAAAGUCAAUGGAGAGAUUGUACCGGAAUAGAACAGGGGCCGUUCUUACUGCCUCUCUCUUGGAGAGAGAGAGAGUGAGAGAAGUGAGGAUGAAGGGUAGAAAUGAAAAUAUUGCAAAUGAAGGACGGGGAAGUAGACAAAGCAGAAGAAAAGAUGGAGGGAGAGUCGGAGAGAGAGGGAGAAAAAAGAAGAGAGUAACUAGAAAAGAGGAGCCUGGAAGAGAGAGUGAUAGAGAAAGAAGAAUUAGAGAGUAAUUAAGGUAUUGAGAGAGAGAGAGAGUGAGUGAGUGAGUGAGAGAGAGAGAGACAAUGAGUGAAUGAGAGAGUGACAGAGAAAGCCUGGGAAAAUGUAAAACUGAAAUGGUUAGAAAGAUAUGUGAGAGAGGGAAUGAUCAACAGAUAGACCAAUAGAUAGACCAAUAGAUAGACCAAUAGAUAGACCAGUAGGUAGAUAGACAAAUGAAUGAGUGUAUAGAUGGAUAGAUAGACAGGUGUAAAACCUGAAGUUGUCGUUUGGAAGCUAGUCUUAAGAUUAACGAUGGGAACAUUUAGUGGUUGGUGGGACACAGUAUUGAAAGUAGAAUCAAAUUUAUUAUAAAUGUCAUGUUGAUUGGGACUUCGAAGUUUUGCCUAAGCAUUUAUUCAAUCAGGGGUUGAGUAAGCCAUCAGGUAAGACUUACAGUCUGACAGUGUGCGACAGAAAGAUUGAUAGGUACAUAGAUAAUUAGCCAGGUGUAUAGAUGAAGAGACAAAUUCUUAAUGAA